UUAAACAUACAUCACAAGAUUAUCGAACAUACAUCACAAGAUAUUAAACAUACAUCACAAGAUAUUAAACAUACAUGUACAUCACAAGAUAUUGAACAUACAUCUGACACAAGAUAUUGAACAUACAUCUGACACAAGAUAUUGAACAUACAUCACAAGAUUAUCGAAUAAAGCAACGUUUUACACGCAUGCUACACUUGUGUUUAUAGUGGAUUUUUAAAGUUGACCGGGUAUUACGAGACAUUGCUUCUCUGGAGAUAAUGUUGGGACCCCAGUUUAAUUCCAACGUAUUUCUUUAAUAAAUUGAAAUGUACAACGAGAUCGGUGAAAUAACAAAAUUCUUGUAAAAGGUGACCCGAAAUACCCUAAAUUACUGUAGCAUGGCGGAAAUCAUCAUGUUAGUUGUGUCUACACCAAAGUAUCUUCCUCUCUAGCUCCCCGAAUGGUUAUUCAUUGCGGGGAUGGGGCUUAUCAUAUUGCAGAGAGAAUUAUAAUCUAAUAAUUGAUGCAAUACACCCUCUGUUAAGGUCAUUACGGAAUUGCGUCAGAAUGUGACACCGCGCGCCGCCGUAGUACACGCUUAGAUGUUGUAAUAUAAACAACCACCUUUCGUUUAAUUGCAAUUACUACUGAGUCUCAAGUUAUAGUUCGACUCUUUCGAGAUGACAACUACUGUAUAUAUUUUAUUGAAAUUGUUCACAAUGACGAUUUUAUUGAAAGGAUUUGUAUUACAACGUGAAGAUUCCACACACUGGCUUAGAGUAGCAGAAGAAGAACUGCAAUCCGCGCUUAAACAGACUGUGAACACGAACAAAGCGAAAAAUGUGAUUUUGUUCGUUGGUGACGGCAUGGGUCUUACCACUGUGACAGCGGCCAGGAUUUACAAAGGCCAACAGGGUGGACAGCCCGGCGAGGAGGGUAUCCUGGAAUUCGAAAAGUUUCCUCAUGUUGGUUUGUCCAAAACGUACUUGCCCAACAGACAAGUGGCGGAUUCUGCCGCCACCGCCACUGCCAUGCUCGUCGGUGAAAAGACAAACUGGUAUACACUGGGAGUGACAGGAAAAGCCCAAUUUGGGGACUGUAAUUUUCCUAAAGAGGCGGAGAUAGACACCAUUCUCCAGCAAUCAAAAAUGGAAGGAAAAUCCACAGGGAUCGUCACAACUUCCCGAAUAACCCAUGCUACGCCUGCUGCAGCCUACGCCAAAAUACCACACCGUAAUUGGGAGUCGGACGCUGACCUAACAAAAUACAAUGUCAGCGGGCGCUGCAGGGAUAUAGCACAACAGCUGAUAUACAAUAACUCUGAAAUCGACGUGUUAUUUGGAGGUGGGAGACGGAGUUUUCUCCCAAAGACAACAAAAGACACCGAAAAAAAUUCAAACAACUUGCGGCAAGAUGGGAAGAAUCUCAUCAGGGAAUGGAAGGUCAUUAUGGAAGAUAUUGGACAGAGGUACAAGUACGUGGAGAACACAGAAGAGUUCCAAUCUAUCGAUCCCUCGGCCACGGACAAAGUUCUAGGACUAUUCGAAAGCAGCCACAUGCAGUAUGAACAUAUGCGGGACAAAGGACCCAAAGGGGAGCCCUCUCUUUCAGAAAUGACGAGAAAGGCGAUCCAAAUACUGCAAAAGAAUAAGAAGGGAUUUUUCUUGCUGGUUGAAGGUGCCAGAAUCGAUCAUGCACAUCACGAUAAUAUUGCCAAGCGUGCGUUGACAGAGACUAUCGCGAUGGAUAAAGCAGUUAAAGUAGCAGCGGAAAUGACGAAAGAAGAAGACACACUUAUCAUUGUAACAGCCGACCACUCUCACGUGUUCAACAUAGCGGGAUAUCCAAAGCGAGGCAAUGAUAUUCUAGGCGUGGUUGACCCGAUUUCAAAAGAUUGGUACCCUACAGAUAACAUGCCUUUCACUACCCUGCUCUACGCCAAUGGACCUGGAGGCAUCAUGCCGAACACAACAAGGCAUGACCCUAGAAAUGUCAACACAACCGCUGACGAUUACACGCAGACCAGUGCUGUUCCAUUCAAGUCGGAGACUCAUGGAGGUGAGGAUGUCCCAAUCUACGCACGCGGGCCCUGGUCACACUUGAUCCACGGCGUGCACGAGCAACAUUACGUUUAUCACGUGAUGUCAUUGGCUUCCUGUGUGGGAACACAGAAGACAAAGUGUUCGAAACUUAUAAAUGCUGGUCAGACUUACAACACCAAUGGUGUAACUACAUUAACUUUAGUGGCAGUAUUGUACUCUCUAUUAUGAUUCACUAUGAUCUCAGGAGAAAAUUAAUAUUCAUGAUACUAGAUCUCGCGAGAAUUGGAUAUGCAUGUUGAUAAUUCAGACAGUUUUAGUGUUUUUUGAAUUUUUGAAAACAAUACAUUGUAUUUUUGUAAUAUUUAACGUGACCACACAUAGUGCAUCAAUACGAGAAAUGACGUCAACGAAUUAAGUUUUUUUCAUAUCGGAACAUUCAAGAGCUAGGAGUUAAUCAGUGGAUCGGUCGUCACCCUUUAAGAGAAAAGUUACAUUAUUAGCGCGUGUUAUUCCCCUUUUAUAAAGAUUUUUUCUGCAUGAUUGAUUGUGAAAUGUGCAUGAUUUAUAUUUAUUUUAUACUUGCGUCAGAGUAAUGACAACGUCUAAAGAUCCAUGACAAAAGAAUUUCAAAACUGCAAAUAUCUUACUUAAAUCACAUGCAUCAUGUUUCAUUAUUUUAAUAGUUCAAUUUAAUAUUUGGUAUGCAAAGUAUCAGCAAUAUUUUUCAAAUUGGUUUUUGUAAACAUAAUAAAGUACAUGAAUAUAACAAGUCAUAUAUAAUUAUCAUUAUGUGCGUGGAGAGAGAUAGUGAGACAAAGAGAAAAAAGAGAGAGGCAUGUUUUAACUAAAUAGUAAGUUCCAUCUGUUCCAUUGAGUAUCAAAUUUUUUCUUUUCACCAUACUUAUAUGCAAUAUAUUUGUGUGUUUCAUAAAAUAAUCUCAUUUGUGAUAUUGCAGCAGGCAAGUUUAAAGGUUUCUUAAUGCAUCUUGCAGUAUAGACAUAAUACUUCAGAAAUAAAAUGAUAGUAUUUUGUAUAUCACUAUUAUUUUCAAUACAAGCUAAAAUAAAGGAUUUCUUUGUAAUUGUAA